GGUGCGGAGAUGAGCUGGAUUAAUGCAGCGGUGGGAAAGAACCGGACGCUAACGGGAAACGGAAACAACUCCGGAUUUAACGGCGACCGAAUGCUGCGACGGUGAGCCGUAGCUCUCGAAAACCAUCGAUUUAAAACAACAACAGCAACAACAACAACAUCGCUUCGAGCUCAAAAGGCAUACAUGAACUAGCUGUGCUGCUUCUGGACGUGAAGAUGAUUUCUCCGUGGGACAGAUGGUACACGACCAGCUGCUGCCUGUGCUGUCAUGUACGGACGGGCACCAUUAUCCUGGGCAUCUGGUAUAUGCUCAUCAACGCAGUGGUUUUGUUAAUCCUGUUGUCGGCUCUCAAUGACCCAGUCCAGUACCACUACCACCUCACCAGCUCCGAACUCGGCACGGAUUUGGAUGUCAUGGACGACGCAAACAUGUGUAUCGCUGCUGCAAUCUCAUUGCUGAUGAUUUUGAUUUGUGGAAUGGCGACCUACGGUGCAUAUAAGCAACAUGCUGCAUGGAUCAUUCCUUUCUUCUGCUACCAGAUCUUUGACUUUGCUCUAAACACACUGGUAGCAAUAAGUGUUGUUGUUUACCCCAACACCAUACAGGACUAUCUUCAGCAGUUGCCUGGGACCUUUCCAUACAAAGAGGACUUGAUGUCCACAAACAACAUGUGCCUAGUAUUAGCAGUGCUUCUCUUCGUUGGAUGCAUCUUAGCCUUUAAGGCAUACCUUAUUGCCUGCGUGUGGAACUGCUACAGAUACGUCAGUGGAAGAAGCACUACAGAGGUCCUGGUUUAUGUCACCACAAACGACACUACAGUACUACUUCCACCGUACGAGGAGGCCAUCGCCAUCCCCCCGAAGGAUCCCCCUCCUCAGUACGUUUCAGCUUGAGAACCGCACAACUCUUACUACGCUCCUCCCAAACCUUCUCCAAAGAAACAAUCUCCGUCACAAAGGCCCAUUCCGUUGCCCUGGUCUCCUGUUUGUCGCUGUGUGACGUAAGUCUCCUCUCUCCUCUCCUCUCUGGAGGCAGCAGUAUGACUUUGAGAUGCCCUUCCCUCGACGAGGCUGCCCAGCUGUCCUGGCAACCCAACGCUGUGUGUCGGCUCCAAUCUGAUUUGCACUUUUGGCGAUUAUGUGCGGCACUGGCCUUUUUAAUACUGUGAACUACUCAGUAGUGUUGUUGUCUACUGAUAUACCUGAGAUUUGAAUGCGGCGCGCAUGAUAAACACGGGAGUUACGUAAGAGCACUUUUAAAAAUGGGAAUUACGUAGAAAUAUACUGAAUGUAAGAAACCGGCAUUUUCACUUUAAUUUCGAUGUACUGUACGAAAUAAAAACGACACAUUUUUAUUCAGAAUAUAACUAAAUUAGUUACAAAACAAUUAAUGCAAGCAAUUCUACACCAUUUUAUCUAACAAAGUUAAAUCUUUGAAGUCUUCCUUUCACAAUGUCCCAAAACAUGAUGAUUUAAUUUUGUCUUUCAAUCAAUCAAAUGCUAAUUGUUAGUUUUAGAUGGUGUAGACGUCGCAAAAAGACUCGAACAAUCCCGCUGCUUGUGAACAGUGAAAUUGUGGUUUAGAUUUGAAAUCAAGUAGAUUUGCAAUAGAAUUGUGUAUCAUGACUUGUCACUUGUUUACUUUAAAAAAAAAAAAAUUAAGCUUCAUCAAAUUUACCAUUGUUUAAUUUUGUCAAUUUGUUAAAACACUGCAUUAUCUUGAAUGCUCACACAACUUGCGUUAACGUGAUUUUAGUGUAAAAUCAAUCAAAACUUUUUUUCGAUAUAAGUUACGUCCCAUUUUACAGUUGAACCUGAGCUAACCUAAACCCCCAAAUUGACUUUAAAAACACAUUUAUUGGGAUAGUUCACCCAAAAAUGGAAAUGAUGUAAUUAACUACCACUUUCAAGGCCCAGAAAGUAGUGAGGACAUUGUUAAAGUGUCCUAAUGUCACAUGGUUCAACCGUAACCUACGAGAAUACUUCUUGUCUGCAAAGAAAACAAAAAUAAAUGCACGUCGAGGUCUGACUGAAAUUGAUGAAAUGAAAUGAAUGAUGAAAUUGAGUUUUGUUUUCUUUGUGCUGUGUUUUGGUAGCUUUGUAAAAUUACAGUUGAACCACUGACAAGGACUCUUUCCUUAUCACCUUUCUGGGGUUUGAACGUGGUAGAAUCUGAAUUUUCUGAAUCUCUGCAGGGUAAGAAAGCUCUCAGAUUUCAUCAAAAUAUCCUCAUUUGUGUUUAGAAGAUGAACAUAGGUCUUAAGGGUUUGUCAUUGUCAAUUAAUAACAGACUUGUCAUUUUUGGGCGAACUAAGCCUUUGAACAGCUUAAAGUUCAAAUAAUAUGCAGAUAUAAAGUGCUUUCAUGAAUUUAAGAGCUUCGCACUUAAAAUCCUUUUACAAAAUGUCCCAUUGACUUCUAUUGUAGGUGCAUAACCUACCUUAAUUUUUUCUUUUUGAAGAAAACAAGGGACCAGACCAUUUUUGUGGUAAUCAACACUAUGCCACAAAUGCUGUCGACUUCCUGUAACUUGCAUUGAACCACACAGUGCUCAGAGAUUAAAUGAAACUUAUGGGUGUUAGGAAAUCCUUUUUGUCAUUUGUUCAGAGAAGCAGUGUGAAUUUUCCGUCAUUAUCACUAGGUUACAAUCUGUGGCUGCAGACUGCAAUGUUUUUUGCACAAGUGAAUAUUAUUCAUUCAUGUUACUGUCUGUGAUGAAUGGUGUGUUAUUCAGUAAUCGUGACAAAUGAAAAGAAAACGGUGUGACCCCCCCCGACAGUAGAUUAGCAUGUAGCUGAGUUCAGAUGACAUGGCGUCUCCCCCAGUCACCGUCUAGCUCAAAGUAGCUUGUUAUUGGGAACAUUUUUAAUUUUUAUAUACAGUGGCUAUGCAAGGGUAUUUUGUAACAUGUAUCCAUAGCUGAAAAUGACUAUAUACUUACAUUUAUUCAUUACAGUAACAUUAGAUGUAGAUGCAUUAAGGAAAUAGAAAUGUAGGAAUUUUCUUUCAUUGUUCUGUGUGGACUUUCACCUUCAACUGAGCGUCUCCGAAUUAGCUUCAUAUAAGCAAUGAUUUAUCACGAAACACAAUUGAAAAAGAAUUGCUUUUGGUAUCGUGACCUGUAGUUUUUAUUAUAACAUUCUCACAAUAUUUCUCAUAAAAAUGAAGUAAUUAUCAAUGGAUAUGACAAAGUGAGUUCUCAGAAACCCAGAACAAUGUCCGUCAGUAGGUAGAAUGCCUGUGAACGUUUGUCUUUUGUCUUGUUACACAUCCUGUAUUGGGUUGACACUGGCUUAUGUCUUAUUUCUGAACAAUAAAAUAUUCCAGUAAUGCUUCA